GCUUUUUCUUCUCCUUCGAACGAGUCAUCCAAGCUAUUAGAGAAAGAUACUCAAGGAACUCUUUUCUCUUUAGAUCAUGCCACAUUACAAAAUCCAUGGUCCACUUGUGGGAAUCACAACUUGUCUCCUCCACUUAAGUCUCUUCAAGCCGUACACAAAGAAAAUACUUCUGACACAUUGAAAGAGACAGACGAAAUUACUUCUGAUACCUCGGAAGAUGCCCAAAUUCUUGCAGACUUACUUGAAGCAAAUGGGGUUAACAAAUUAUUUGACAAACUUGAAGCACCCUUUGCUCCAUCUAACCUUCUUUUGGGAACUUUCUCUAACGAAGCAGCCACCCAUAUUCAGAAAGGUCUUACUAUUUCUCUCCAAUCAAUGAAGGAUGUUAAUGGCAUGAUUGCUGUAGCAAACAACGUUUUCAUGAUUUUGAAGAGUUUGGGUGUAGACUUCAUCUCCUUUUAUGAGAAGGUGAAGAUAUUCCUUGGGUGCUUUGCUUUGAAAACCCAACUUGCAGAUUCUUCAAACUUGUCUACUGCAGAAUUUGAGGCCCAAUAUUAUGAGAACAAGCUUCAUUUCGACAAAGUUUCUGGUGAACAUGAACAGUUGUCUGCUUCAAUUAUCAAGUCGGAUGAGCACAUUGCGGGUCUUAAUCAAAGGAUUAUUCAAACCAAAGAGUUACUCAAACAACUUGAAGAGGAAUUGUCAUCCACCCAAGUGGAACAUGCAUCCUUUAUGUGUGAUUUUGCACAAGCUUCCGAGAGUGUUUCUAAAUCAGAAGAAGACGUGCAAACUGCUCUGAAUGUUUUGAGCCAACACAAGAAGAAGAAUGGACAACACAGUGUUGUGGAACGUGCUUUUGAAAGGACUAAGGCUUCUCUUAAUGAAUGAAUGCACUUUUAUUUUUUUUAUUCAUUCGAACAUGAUGUAUUUAUGAAAUUUCGCUCAACGAUAGAUUUAUUUGUUAUAUGAAAUUUCUCAAUACAAUACAUUGAUUUGUCUUAUUUUAGCCGUACACAAUAGAUUUACUUGUUAUAUGAAAUUUCUCAAUACAAUACAUUGAUUUGUCUUAUUUUAGCCGUACACAAUAGAUUUACUUGUUAUAUGAAAUUUCUCAAUACAAUACAUUGAUUUGUCUUAUUUUAGCCGUACACAAUAGAUUUACUUGUUAUAUGAAAUUUCUCAAUACAAUACAUUGAUUUGUCUUAUUUUAGCCGUACACAAUAGAUUUACUUGUUAUAUGAAAUUUCUCAAUACAAUACAUUGAUUUGUCUUAUUUUAGCCGUACACAAUAGAUUUACUUGUUAUAUGAAAUUUCUCAAUACAAUACAUUGAUUUGUCUUAUUUUAGCCGUACACAAUAGAUUUACUUGUUAUAUGAAAUUUCUCAAUACAAUACAUUGAUUUGUCUUAUUUUAGCCGUACACAAUAGAUUUACUUGUUAUAUGAAAUUUCUCAAUACAAUACAUUGAUUUGUCUUAUUUUAGCCGUACACAAUAGAUUUACUUGUUAUAUGAAAUUUCUCAAUACAAUACAUUGAUUUGUCUUAUUUUAGCCGUACACAAUAGAUUUACUUGUUAUAUGAAAUUUCUCAAUACAAUACAUUGAUUUGUCUUAUUUUAGCCGUACACAAUAGAUUUACUUGUUAUAUGAAAUUUCUCAAUACAAUACAUUGAUUUGUCUUAUUUUAGCCGUACACAAUAGAUUUACUUGUUAUAUGAAAUUUCUCAAUACAAUACAUUGAUUUGUCUUAUUUUAGCCGUACACAAUAGAUUUACUUGUUAUAUGAAAUUUCUCAAUACAAUACAUUGAUUUGUCUUAUUUUAGCCGUACACAAUAGAUUUACUUGUUAUAUGAAAUUUCUCAAUACAAUACAUUGAUUUGUCUUAUUUUAGCC